AAGAACAAAAUCACAGUAUAAAGGCAGCCUAUAAGGACAAGAUCUUCCUCUGAACUGUGGGAUUGGCACACCUAUAGAAGCUGAAACUAUUAUAGUGUUGUCGUCAUAUCAAACAAGAAGCUGCGUGUGAGCAAGAGCUACUGAGAACAUAAAGGGUAGACUGCCUGGCCUCCAACUCCUCCAUCCAAGGCUCCAAGUUACUUCGGUGUCUCCUGGUUUCUUGCUUUGCUGUAGAUCUCUGAAUCCUGAUAGAAGCCAGCAGGCCGGUCGCUACUUGCUAGUCAAUCCUGAAGAAGCACAAGGAUUUGCGUUGUUCUUGGUGCCUCACGGGAUGGGAGAGACUAGUAGUAGUACUAGCCAUUCAAGGCAGGAUCCUUCUCUUCUUGGCUAUGGCUUCCAAGGUGCCAUCGCCAACUCUACUCCUGCAAACUUCUUUGACCAAGGAGGAGGUACCUAUUUUGGAGAGCUUGAAGAGGCUCUCAUGCAUCAAGUUGCCCCCCUCAGAAGAACUCAACAGGCUGCAACCACCUCCACAGCUCAUCAUGGAGACACCAAGCCCUUUCCCACUGCUGCUGCUACAGCUGCAACGGCUACAGCUAGGCCACCUCCUACACUGGACAUCUUCCCAGCUUGGCCUAUGAGGUCUGCUCACACACCCAAGGGCUCCAAUUUGAUGGCAGACAGCACAGACGACUCGGAGAGCAGCAGAAGGAACAACAGCAACCACUCAGACCAGUUCGGAGUAGCAGCAAACAUGGCAAGCCAGUUUGAUCAAGUUUCACAGCAGCAGAUUCAGCACAAGAACAUGUCUACAAGUUCCACUCCAAAGACUGGCAAGACUCUUGAUCCAAAGACAAUAAGAAGGCUUGCUCAGAAUCGCGAAGCUGCACGCAAAAGCCGGCUGCGAAAGAAGGCUUAUAUUCAGCAGCUUGAGAGCAGCAAGCUGAAGCUUGCUCAGAUGGAACAGGACAUGCAGCGAGCCCGUUCCCAGGGCCUCUUUCUUGGUGGAGCCCCAGGUGCAAACACCAGCUCAGGUGCCGGGAUGUUCGACGUGGAGUACGCGCGGUGGCUCGACGAAAAUGGCCGGCGCAUGGCCGAGCUGCACGGAGCUCUGCACGCGCACUUGCCAGAUGGAGACCUCAGAGCCAUCGUCGACGACACCCUGACCCACCAUGACGAGCUCUUCCAGCUCAAGGCCGUGGCAGCCAAGUCCGACGUGUUCCACAUCAUCACGGGGGUGUGGACGACCCCUGCUGAGCGUUGCUUUCUUUGGAUGGGUGGAUUCAGGCCCUCUGAUCUGCUCAAGACACUGUUACCCCAGCUAGAUCCCCUGACUGAGCAGCAACUGGUAGGCAUAUGCAAACUUCAGCAAUCAUCACAGCAGGCAGAGGAAGCUCUUUCCCAGGGCCUGGAGCAGCUGCAUCAGUCACUAGCUGACACCAUGGCCGGUGGAUCUCUGAUUGACGACGCUAACAUGAGCUUCAUGGGCCAAAUGGCCGCUGCCCUCGGCAAGCUGGCAAACCUUGAAGGGUUUGUGAUACAGGCUGAUAACUUGAGGCAGCAGACCCUUCAUCAGAUGCACCGGAUUCUGACAGUUCGGCAAGCAGCUAGAUGUUUCUUGGCCAUUGGCGAGUAUCACAACCGUCUUCGUGCCCUAAGCUCCCUCUGGGCUUCUCGACCUCGAGAAAUACUGGUGGCAGAUGAAGGCAAUUGUGGAGAGAUAAGCAUUGCAGCACAACCAUCCCAAAGUCAAUUUUCAGCCUUCUGAUCAGACAUGCUGCAGAACUAACCUUCAGCUUAGGAGCAAGAGCAAAAAAGAUUGGGAAGAGAAGUUUUGGAUGCCAGCAGAUAUCUGAGCGCCACUGAAGAUAAUUGGUAAUGAGGUUUCAGAACAGGGACUGUUACUGGAGUUUUCUUUUUGGGGGAAUCAGUGUUUCUGAGAAUGUGCAGGAACUUGUCCAGUAGAGUUUGUUCUUUUGGUUCUGUCCAGUCUGAAUUCUCAAAACAGCUCUUCCUAGAUAAUGAAAGAAUUCACUCUGCAAUUACUACAGGCAAUCACUGGUUACUGCCUUACUGCAGAACUAAAUACCUUGUGCCACCAGCAGACUAUUUGAAUUGGAUGGUUCAGGUUGAGCUUCCUAGUAA